CAAAGAUACAACUACAAUUCCAUAUGAAGAUCAAACACUGACACGGUUAAUUUACAAAGUGGCAAAAUAUUUUUAAAUCACUCACGUAUUUUUCCUAUUUAUUCACAUGACCACACAAAUCAUCACGGUUUCGAAAACUAUAUAAAUUAAGCAGCGAAACCAAACAAUUGUAACGCUUCAUAUAAUGUGGUUCGGAGUAAAUGUUACGUUGAAAUCAAAUGAGAAACAGAUGUAAGCGUUUUCGGUCGCAAUAUUGUUUACACGCUCAAGUAUCGCCACCAGUACUGUGAAACGAUUAUAAACUAUUUCACUAAUCAAAGAAGAAAAUCUUAGUGAUAAAUUGUACUGUUAGUUUAAAGUGAUUACAAAUAUUGUGGAAGUGUGUAGCACCCAUCUGUAAUCAAAGUCAAAAUGAAGGAAAAAAUAGCUGUGCCUAAAGAAACUUACAACCCUUUUGAACACCGCAAAGUUCAAAAACCAAAUUCAGAUAUAAGAUCAACAGCGAAUUUGAUAAAAGCCUCUUUGGGAUCAGGACUACUCGCUGGUCCUCUAGCCUUCGCAAAUGCAGGAUGGGGUAUAGGGAUAAUAGGCACAGUUAUAAUAGGAAUUAUUUGUGGACAUUGCAUCCACAUAUUGGUAAAAACUUCGAGAGGAUGCUGUGUGAUUGAAAAGAAACCGUCACUUGGGUACGCUGAAACAUGCAAAUCAGCUUUUGAAAAUGGCCCUAAAUGUGUUCAACCUUUCGCCAAUGCUGCAAGCGUGUUUGCGGAAUUUUCUCUUCUAUCGACGUAUGUUGGUGUAUGUUGUAUCUACACCGUACUCAUAUCUGACUCGAUCAAACAGUUGGUCGAUCGUUAUUUUCCAUCUGCUAUAAUGCCAGUUGAAUAUUAUUGCUUGAUAAUAUUGGUUCCACUAUGCAUAUUGUCACAAAUAAAAUACUUGAAGUGGUUAGCUAUAUUUUCUGUAUUGGCAAAUGUUUUACUGGUAGCUACGUAUCUCGUAUGCCUUUACUAUAUUUUCAAAGAUAGCAUCUCUUUCACUGACAAGACAGCAAUAGGUGAUCCUGCCAGAUACCCAGCUUUUAUCUCUACAGUAAUAUUUGCGAUGGAAGGUAUAGGUGUCGUUAUGCCUAUAGAAAAUGAAAUGAAGAAACCAAAGAACUUCCUCGGAUGCCCCAGUGUUCUGAUCGUAGCGAUGUCUGCGAUAGUAUUCUUGUACUCCACUUUGGGACUCUUCGGAUAUUUCAGAUAUGGGGACGUCCUAAGAGGGUCAAUUACCUUGAAUCUCCCAAUGGACGAGUGGCCAGCUCUUUGUGCUAAAAUUUUUAUAGUACUGAGUAUUUUCUUCACAUAUCCCCUCCAGUUUUUCGUCGUAAUAGAUAUAUUCACGAAAUACACCGAACCACACAUAAAGGAGAAUUAUCGUCUAACCACUCAAGUCGUUGCUAGAAUUGUUGGCGUUUGUUGCUGUGUGGGCAUCGGUAUCGCUUUACCACUUCUGGAACAAAUCAUCAAUAUUGUUGGCGCUUUCUUCUAUUCUAUACUGGGCCUUAUCAUCCCUGGUAUCAUAGAGACAGUCUUCAGAUGGGAAGACCUCGGUAAAUUCAAAUGGGUUCUGUGGAAAAACGGCUUCAUCGUUUUAUUCGGUGUUGGCAGUUUGGUUUCUGGAUGCACGGUCACAGUUAUGGACAUCAUCGAUAUUUUACACAGAAAAACAGAAUAAAUGCAUCGUUCGAAGUGAUUUUCAUAGAAUUUGUAGAAAGUUCAAGAAAUUUCAUAGAAUUUAUUCUAUACAAUAUGAUUGUUACGGAAGAACAAAUGCUUUUGUAUUUUAAUGAAUAAUUAAUGUAUUAAUAGUGUGCGCACAGUAUUGGAAAAUUUUAUUACUUAUAUUUAUUCUUCACAUGCUGAAUCUCUCUUUUUCAUGCCUAUUUAAGUUAACACUGUCAAGUUUAUAUUUUAACUUAAGUUAUUGUACAGGUAAAUAAGAUAUCGGGAUAUUUAACUCAGAAUGAUAUUGUUAUGGAGGUACCUCAUUUUAAUAAAAUAAAUAAAAAUCUGGUUAUCCUUUUAUUUUCAUCAAUCCUAAAGACGUUUUCUUUCCUUUUUUCAAGUCAUAAGAAAAGUUGUAGUUUUAUGAAAC